AGUGUAAUAUGGCGAAGACCUACGAUUACCUGUUCAAGCUGCUGCUGAUCGGGGACUCGGGGGUGGGGAAGACCUGUGUCCUGUUCCGCUUCUCCGAGGACGCCUUCAACUCAACUUUCAUCUCCACCAUAGGAAUUGACUUUAAUAUCAGGACCAUAGAACUCGAUGGCAAGAGAAUUAAGCUACAGAUAUGGGACACAGCUGGUCAGGAACGGUUUCGGACGAUCACAACAGCCUACUACAGGGGCGCAAUGGGCAUCAUGCUGGUCUAUGACAUCACCAAUGAGAAGUCCUUUGACAACAUCUGGAACUGGAUUCGGAACAUUGAGGAGCAUGCUUCUGCAGAUGUCGAAAAGAUGAUACUCGGGAACAAGUGUGAUGUGAACGACAAGAGACAAGUUUCCAAGGAACAGGGAGAAAAGCUGGCCCUGGACUAUGGAAUCAAGUUCAUGGAGACAAGUGCGAAGGCCAACAUCAACGUGGAGAAUGCAUUUUUCACUCUCGCCAGAGACAUCAAAGCAAAAAUGGACAAAAAAUUGGAAGGCAACAGUCCCCAAGGGAGCAAUCAGGGAGUCAAAAUCACACCAGACCAGCAGAAGAGGAGCAGCUUUUUCCGAUGUGUUCUUCUGUGAGGAGCACUGCCUUACUCUGAGCCUCGCUCAGCCGAGCUGACUGUGCCUGUCCUGAGUGAGGCCCUCACUCAGCCCGGGCCCUCCCCCUCCAACACUCCCUGCCGUGCUGCGGCCCCUGGGCCCAUGGCCACCAGA